UCGUGUAUUGAUGAAAUAGAUAGUAGAUAGACGUUACGCAGAAAGUCGACACAUCUAAACAGUAUAACAGUUUUUGUUUUGUGGAAAUGAUUGAAGUAGGUAAUGUUUAUACCAGUGAAUGAAGUUUUUAAAUAUAUUGAAAAAGAAUAAAUAUCUUCAGUGCAAAAUGGAAGCGUACCAACAAAUAUCACAGAACAAUGAGGUCUCUAUCGAGAUGGAUUUGCUGCAGGUGGGCUCCGAACCUGUAGGGAUGCGAUGCCCUUAUUGCCAAGAAGAUGUUAUGACCCAAGCAAAUUAUAGAAACACUACAUUGACCCACAUUAUAGCUUUAAUACUAGGAAUAUUAUUCUGGUGGUUAUGCUGUUGCAUUAUUCCUUAUAUGGUGAAGAGGUGGAAGAACGUCGAGCAUUACUGCCCUAAUUGUAGACGGUUUCUGGGUAUUUAUACAAGGAACAAAAUAUUUUAAUCCCAUCCUUAGUCAGCAACGUUUCGGUUAUAUUUUAACUAAAAAUGUCCUGCAUUUUAAAGAACCUUUUUUAAUUAUGUGGAGUUGUGUAGAAAAAAUAGCGACCAUCUAAAUAUUUGAUAUAAAGACGCCACCCUCUGGAAUACAAUAUCUAACUUCUAACAAAAAAAGCCCCGUAAGUAGGUACUACGAAUACAUACAAGAUGUAGACACCAAAUAGGUAUACCUGGAGUUAUUUUGUAAAUAAAAUAUAUAUAUUUUCUAU